AUGUCCGGCCAUGAAACCAUCCGUGUGCUGGAGGUCGGUGUGGACGCCGCACCUCAUGCCGAGGAGAGCGCAGAGCAGCGGCGGUGCCACCACCAGGGAGCGACCUGCAGGAAUCGCCGGCACGGAGCGGCGAUGCGGGCACCGAGGAUGGGCAGCCCAGCACCGAAACGCAAGCGCGGCACAGAGGCGGCAGGCAAAGCCAAGCCUCCAACCGGAGCCCCCGCCGGCACAGCGGGCACCCUGAGCCCCUCCAGCAGCCAACAGCCGCAGCCCCUGGCCCCGCUGGCCGUGCAAACAGCCCCGCAGGUCUUGACUCAGGAAAACUUAGCAACAGUUGUGACAGGAGUAAUGGUUCCGGCAGGGACAGUUACUCAACCUCUUCUUAUCCCCAUCAGUAUUGCAGGUCAAGUGGCAGGUCAGCAGGGGCUGGCUGUGUGGACAUUUCCUACAGCAACGGUCGCUGCCCUUCCCCGGACUGACGGCUGCUUCUCCUACAGGGGGAUUUUCAAACCGCCUAUAGCCAAUCUGCAAGCCGCCGCCGCCGUCCCUCAACACGGCCAUCCCCGGCCCCGCUGCCCCCCGCUCAGCCCCGGCCCCCCCCCGCAGUCGCAGAGCUCGUACCCCUCCCAGCCCCCCCCCAUCCUACCGCAACCCAACGCCGCUCCCGCAGCGAAACCGCUGGAGACGCAGCCCCAGAUCGCGGUGCAGCCAGCCGGAUUCGCCUUUAACCCGGGCAUAAUCGGUGCCGCUUCCCUGGGGGGUCAGACGCAGCUCCUCGGUUCUCUGGCGGCCGCCCCCGUGAUCGCCAACACCAUCCCCAGCGUGCAGAGCAUCGCGGGGCAGCUCCUGACCAACGCGCAGGGACAGGUGAUCGGGACCCUCCCUUGGGUCGUGAACCCCCCCGGCAUCGCGACAGCCAGCCCGGCUCCCACCCCCAGCCUGCAGGUGCAGGCGGUGACCCCGCAGCUGCUGCUCAAUGCCCAGGGCCAAGUGAUCGCCACGUUGGCCAGCGGAACCAUCCAGGCGGCCGCAGGCAAAAAGAGCGGCCCCCCCGAGACCCCCAGCAAGAGUGAGGUGCAGCCCAUCCAGCCGGCCCCAGCUCUGUCCCAGCCAGCUGUGGUCAUCGCCAGCCCAGCCCCAGCAGCCAAGGCGACCCCGGCCCCCAUCCCCAUCACCUGCUCGGAGACCCCCACCGUCAGCCAGCUGGUGUCCAAACCCGCGGCACCCAACAGCAGCGCCGAGGAGGACGGCAUCAACCUGGAGGAGAUCCGGGAGUUCGCCAAGAACUUCAAGAUCCGGCGUCUGUCCCUGGGGCUGACGCAGACGCAGGUGGGGCAGGCGCUGACGGCCACCGAGGGACCGGCGUACAGCCAGUCUGCCAUCUGCAGGUUCGAGAAGCUCGACAUCACCCCCAAAAGCGCUCAGAAGCUGAAGCCGGUGCUGGAGAAAUGGCUGAGCGAGGCGGAGCUGCGCAACCAGGAGGGGCAGCAGAACCUGAUGGAGUUUGUCGGCGGGGAGCCUUCCAAGAAACGCAAGCGCCGCACGUCCUUCACACCGCAGGCCAUCGAGGCGCUCAACGCCUACUUUGAGAAGAACGCUCUGCCCACGGGCCAGGAGAUCACCGAGAUCGCCAAGGAGCUCAACUACGACCGCGAGGUGGUCCGCGUGUGGUUCUGCAACCGCCGCCAGACGCUGAAGAACACGAGCAAGCUCAACGUCUUUCAGAUCCCCUAAGGAUGGGGGUCCCUCCUCUGACCACCCCCACCCAUCCCGACCCCCCCUCACCCGCAGCCUCUGCCAUCAAUCAGCACUUUGUGACCCCACUCCCCGACCCCAGCCCUCACUCGGCUCCGUGGGGGUGUGGGGUUCCCUCCCCACCGUUCUGUGCCCCUCUCCACCUCCCCCCCCCAGCCAUGUUUGCUCCCCGUGUCACACGUGUGCCUCGUCGCCCCGUUCUGUGCGUGGUGCCGGACCCCUCUUGCACCCCGUGUCCCCCCCUGGGGAGGAAGGGCCCCAUUCUGUGUCUGUUCUCCCAUCCCAGAAUGAUGUUCUUUUUUUUUUUUUUUUUUUUUUUUUUUUUUGGCUGUUUUCUCCUUUUUCUGUGACUUUUCUGUGUUUCUGGAUAGCGUUACGGCCCCGGUUGGGUUUCAGCCCUUUGUUUCGCCCCUUCCCCAGGUGCUCAGCCCUCUGAAGGACUAUAGAGCCACGUGAACCCCGCAAUGAAGGUGUCACAGCAUUGAGGUCUGGGGGUGCCCCCCGCCCAGCGCUGUGCCCCCCCCCGGUCCCACAUGGAUGCUGCACUAAGGGGGGAUGGGCAAGGCUGAGAAUGAGGGGAGAGGGCUUGGAAUUGGGACCCCCCCCCCCUCCCCCGAGCCUGGGGAGCGAUGGGGAUGGAUGAACAGGGAAAGAUGGACAGGGAUGGACAGACAGACGGACAGAUGGAGCGCGGUGGUGGCGGCCACGCCGGGGACGUGGGAGACAUGAUGCACUUGAUGUAGUGGUGUGAAAUAAACAGUAUUUUUCUUU